AUGCAAAUGAAAGCAUGUGCAAUUUCAUUUGACCGAUUUGGUGAUACGGUAAAGUACCGGUUCAAUGUGACAGGAUAUGAGCAGGCUGCCAAAGAUGAUCUGCAAGAAUGUAAGCCAAAGGACUUCUCCACUUCGAAUCUCCUCACAACACAAGAGCUACGUUUGACAACACGUGUGAAAUGGGAAACCGAAAGCUUCAAAUGGAAGAGCGAAACGUCUGGGCUGGCCACUCGGACAGUUGUUAUUAACUGCAUGUUCGAGGAUGAUGCCAUGAAGCAUUCUGAUAUCCUCCGAAUCGAAGUCUUUGCACCCAAAACAGCAGAUGUCGACAAAGGAAAGACGCUUAAACUGGCAGCGGAGUGGGGAAAGCUAGUCGUUGAUGCAAAUAUGAAGUAUCAAGAGCUCAUUCGCGAGACGUAG